UUAGCUACUGUCUUAAUCUACCAGGUUUGAUCUUCUCUCCUUCUCUUUAUCCUUAUGGUUUUCUUUAUUUUUAGAUUUGUGUUAUAUGGACUGCUUGUUAAGCAUCCUUGAGGGAGUACAUGUCAGAAGGCAAAAUAUACAUUCUGCAAAUAAUAAAUAAAAUAAAAUAACCACUAAAAAAAAGAAGAUCAGCAGUGUUGUUCCCCUGCAGAGUCUCAGUGAAGACAACUCUGCUGACAACUAGGUCUUUAUUUAUAAGCAAACUUAGCCACUCCCCCCGCUCUGGGUCUCACUCUCUAUGCCUUCAAUUCUACAGGACAAAUAGAAAGUGAGUCCAACAGGUGCAGUUUUUUUUCCUUCCCAGCAUGGAAAUGCACUGAAAGCUGCAGUUCCUGAAUUUGUGCCUUCUGUUCUGUGCAGCUGUUAAAGGCAUGGGGAGAGGGUAGCAAGCCGGAGGAAAGUAGAAUAUAUACCAUUCAAGGGUUCCAGAGAAGCCUACGCGCCCCGAGUGCGCAACAAAAGGGCAGAAGAGGCGGGGUUUCGCUGGAGAGCGGCCGGAGCUCAGUGCGCUUGCGCGCCGGCGGUUACUCGGAGCAGCCAGGUUGUUUACAUCCGGGAACUUUCUAUUUUCUCUUUCCCGCUUCCGCAUCCAGUAGUUGCCUUUUCCAAGAUGGCGACCGUGGCAGAGUUGAAAGAGGGUAAGGGGGGAACGUCCUAUCUCCCCCUUUCUUCGGCUGUGGGGAGGGGCUCCUGCAUGAAGAUCUCGAGGCUUCUUUCUCUUUUAAAAGACACCUUGGAGAAGCGAGGAGCACUGGGACAGAUAAAAGCAAGGAUCAGAGCUGAAGUUUUCAAUGCGCUGGAUGAUCAAAGUGAACCACGACCAUCCUUGUCCCAUGAGAAUCUCUUAAUUAAUGAGCUGAUCCGUGAAUAUCUGGUGUUUAACAAGUACAAGUACGCUGCAUCUGUUCUAACAGCAGAAUCUGGCCAGCCUGAAGUUCCAUUGGAUCGAGACUUUCUUGUCAAUGAACUAAAUAUACUUGAAGAUCCCAAGAGCCAGUCAGUGCCACUCUUAUAUGGAAUAAUAAUUCAGCUAUUGCAUGGUAAUAGAGAAGACAGGGCCCACCAUCCAUUCCCCAGAGCAGCAUCUUCACAGUUCUCGGUGUGGAAUCCUGGCAAGCCAUCUCACCAAAGGAGUCAAAUGGACAUGGUUCUGGAGCAAGGACGCAUGGCUGCCACUAGGCUGGAAGAUACGUUGGCUUCACAGGGUGUGCACAGAUAAAAUAAACCACUGGGUGUCUUUUCAUGCCAAGCAGAUAUUUGAUUCACUGAUUAUUAUGUCGUGAAGUACCUGGUUUGUUUAUGUAAAGACUGGUUGGUCAAAACGGGUAAGGAGCAUUUAACAGAAAUGACUUCUUUCUGGUGAACUUUCUGCUGAAGCUCUACAAGGAAACGGAUGAUCAGAAGUGGUGCAGUUCUAAUCUAGACCGUGCUAAUGGGCAGCAUUUAUCCAGGACUCUAAAGUAAAACCGAGCCUUCAUGUGCCAACAAAAGACAUUGAGGGAGCCAUGUCAGCAUCCAACAUUUUUGCUAGUCAGCUGGGGACUGAGUUGUGUUUGUGCUGAAUAUGUGAAUAAAUGCUAUAAUAUCUUUGGUCUCUGA